AUGACCGCAACGGAAGUGCUGUCCAUUUACCGCGAGCUAUCUGAGGCCAGCAAGCUGGUGGUACAGUUCCCGACCGAGUACGAACCCGCAUGUGCCGUGAAAUUCCGUCGUCUCGGCGAAUCGUACCUCCUGCUGGACGCGAACGAAGUGCUCCUUCAGGGAACGUUCCGACCCGAGGACUCCGAAAAUGUGAUCGUAUUCAGUGCCAUCGUCUGCGAUGUGCUCGACUUUGAUACCGAAAAUAAUUGGAUUUUCUACGUACGGUCCACCGACGGAACGGUGCAUCGCAGCAAGAAUGGAUCGCUCGGUGACUGGACCCGGCUGUUCCCGGACCGGUCCGGGUUCGAGCGAGUGUGCUGCAACAACAACGGGCUGCUGGUGCUGGCCGCCGACGGGCAGCUGUUUGUGCAGGGUGAUUUCGGAAGUGUCUUUAAUUGCGACCAGCUCACGAAGGUGCACGAAGUCGAGCGGGAUUGGGUGCAGCAGCUAGCCGCGGGCAUCGAUUUCGCCAUCGUUUCAUUACAAAAGCCUACCAAAGUGUACAGUAGUAUUAAGAAGGAUCUCGUGUUCGAUCGGUACGCACUAAACCACGAGGAUAACUUUGCCGCGUACGGCGACUGGCGGAACGUGUUCGAUGACUUUCCAUUCCAUCCGGGACGUCCUUCGCUCGGUGCGCCAAGCCUCAACGCGUCGAUCGAUGAGCUAUCGGUUUACGGACACAUGCUGCACAGGACGGGAAUCGCCAGUUUCGGUAAGGUCAACAAAGGACAACUGGGAACUGGGGACCACAUACGGCGCGAUAAAAUCCACCAGCUUCAAAUAUGCAAUGUGGCCAAGAUAACGUCUUGCUGCGACUAUUCCUGCGUUCUGACCAUCGAAGGGCAGGUGCUGCUGUGGGGCGAUAUGGAAAAGAAUUGGCCGCUCAAUGGGAAGCCGCCGGUGGCGGGAAACACUAGCACACCGACCGUGUGCGGUGCGUUUCCGCACGUGCUAGACGUUUGCAGUGGCCACUUUCAGACGUACGUUCUAACGAACGAGCUGAAAGUGUGCGACCUUAAAUCGAAUUCCGACGAAGAGCGGUGGCUGAGCUACGGUGUAGCCGCACCAGAAGCCGGCUCUGCCAUUCCCGAUCACAUUCCGUUCGUGCUGGCCACCGACAGUUUGCUCCUCGUGAACCAUUUGCCGGUCAAGCAGGAGAUGCUCAAAAUUUACACCCGACAGCAGGCGACGCUGCAGAGCCUGCUGGGGUACGUGCAAAAGCUGGACGUCAAAAACGGGUCCCGAUCGGCGGCGGGGCGCGAGUCCCAAAGCAGCAGCGCAUCGCAGAUGCACUUUUACCGCUCGUGUCGGAACGCUUUCUAUUUAAUGCUCCUCGGCGUCAAGUCCCUCCGGGCGUACCUGGUGCACCACGACGUUGGCCGCCUGCUGGCGAUCGUCCUGCACGAUGAAAUGCUUCACCUGUACCAAACCAUCCUGCAGUGUUACUGUGAUAACGAGUGUGUCGGUCAGAUGACGGCACACAAUCAUGAUAUGCUUACCACGUUUCUGGAUAACGUUCCGAACGUUAUCGAUCUCGCGGAACUGCUGAUAACCAGUGAGCAAAACUCGCCCGCCAUGGAAGCCACCCUGCUGUCGAUGAAGUCCGAGUGGCUGCGUUUCGUCAACGAAGAGGUCACCGAAAAGCUGGGCAAAGUAACGAAGGCGACGAAAGAGUUUUGGCAGCGCGAAGAGAACGUGCGAUGGCUCGGCCUGAAGGAACCGCACCGCCGGGUCAUCCUGGACUCGAACGAAGUGCCAUUGAAGUUGUUGGACGUGAACAUCUUCUCUUCGUCGCCCCGGUUCGUGCUGUUCAACGAUCUGUUCUGCUAUCUGUCCGGCGUGCAGGUGGUACAGUACCCGCUCAAGCUGGUCUGGAUUACCUCGGAGGUAAGCGAGCUGCAGCGCAGCCGGUACAAGGACAAGCACCGCUUCAUGAUCACCAUCGUGACGCCGGAGGAGACACUUCGCUGCCACACGCUCAACGUGACGGACAAGGGCCGCUGGUUGGCAGCGUUAAAGUUGCAACUGUUGCACUGUCUGGACAAGCAGAUCCACGACAAACAGCCCGUGUUCCGGUUCGCCGGAUACACGUUCAGUGAGCGGCACGAGCGGCUAGCGGGCACCAAGUAUGAGGGCAUGUGGUUGACCGGAAAGAUGGAGGGUGUCGGUGGGCUGACGAGCGUCGACCGAUCGUACAGUGGCGAGUUCUAUCAGGGCAACAUCACGGGCUAUGGGUGCAUGAACCGGUCCGUGUUUGGAAUUUCCACCAUCUACGAGGGUGAAUUUUCCAACGGCAAGUACGAUGGUUAUGGACGGCUCAAGACGACGAGCAAUCGGUCGACGCAUUACUUCCGCUAUCAGGGUUACUUCAAGGCGGACAAAUACAGUGGCUUCGGGACACUGGCGACCAGCUCGUACACGUACAACGGAGAGUUUGUGAACGAUCUAAAGGACGGUUUCGGCGUGAUCGAAGAGAGUCUGAACGGGGUCAAGUACAUCGGUAUGUUUAUGGGCGACAAGAAGCACGGCAACGGCAUCCUGGUGACGACGAACGGCACGUACUAUGCGGGCUUCUUCGCGAACGAUGUCCUCACACAUUCCGCCAGCGGGCUGGCCAUCUUCCCGAGUGGGAUCUACUACAAGGGCGAGCUGACGAUCGAUGGGCCGUUCGGGCGCGGGAUUUUCUUCCACCCGGAGCGCGAAAUCGGAUCGGAGCAGUUCGAGCUGGACGAUUCGAACACCAAAAUGACCGGCCACACGGUGACCGGUAUGUUCGGGGGCACCUGGCAGAACGUGAAGAUCAGCAACGCCACCAUGGCCAUGGAUCAGGUGUUCAACAAGGUUCCGAUGUUGGACCUUAAGAUCAAUGCGGAACGGAAGUGGUCGUCGAUAUUUGCCUGCUUCCACGAGACACUGUUCGGCACCAGCGACAUCGUGGUGAUCCGCCGGAUGGACAUCAAGAAGGUGUGGAACCGGGUGGCGAGUUUUGUGAGCCGAGCCAAGCGAAAAGAGCAAUUGAAAGCGAGCAACUUUGAGGUGGGCCACGGACAGGUGGCGGAUGAUCGGCAGGCGGCCAUCAUCUGUCAGUCGGGGUACCAGCUGCAAAACGCUUCGUUCAGUUCGCUCCGCUCGAGCCUGUCCGAUUCGAGGCUAUCGCUCGCGAACGGUUCGUCGCCGCUGGGUCACAACGUGUCCGCCAGUGCCGUCGAUACGAUAUCGGUGCAAAGUUUCUCCUCCGUGGCGUCGCGUGGCGAUGACGACGAAUUUAUGCUCAAUCCGGCCAGCAGCAGCGGCGCGAAGCGGCUGUCACCGUUUCGGGAUUUGGACUUUAUUCCCGAUUUUUGCAUCACCGCGCUCGACCGGGACGGGCUGGAGUUGCUGAAGAGCUACCUGACCGAUGCCUUCCAAUCGGUGUACCAUCCGCUGCACGGGCUGUUCGAGAAGCUGUCGAACUGCUUCUACUCUACGUACAGCUGCUGGAAGUACACGCCGCACUCGAUCCUCUGCGAGCCGGCCAUGAACGAGUGGAUUUCGAUUGUUAGCCGGAUCUACACGCUGGUGCUGACCGUUCUGUUUCCCGCACUGCCAAAGGACUCGAUAAUGGUCGGAGACGAACUGGUGUCGUACCAGAGUCUGCUGUAUCCUAUCCUGAUCACCCAGGGCAUCUACUCGGCCCUGUUCGUCCUGUACGCCAGCAAGUGCAGUAAAAACGACGAAAUCUACCGUCAACGCAUCUUGAUAUGCAUGAAAAAGACUGACGACAAUCUGGUUCAGCUUCUCGAUAUUAACCGCACCUUAGUACCUAUCAUCCAUCACCCGAAAUAUCAACAAGCAAUCGACAGUUUGAAUCGAUUCCGUGAAAAGUGCUGCCCCAGUGAGAUGAUCAAGCAUAUCAACGAAGCGUUUGCGCUCGUCGAUCAAGCCUGCAAGGAACAGGAGGUGCGGAUGGAUGUAGCGGCCGACAGUCUGCUCGAGCUGAUCAUCUGGCUUGUCAUCAAGGCCAACUUGCCGCAGCUUGGCGCCGAGAUCAGUCUGCUCGAGGAUCUGAUGCAAAACGACUACGGUAGCAGCUACCGGAACACGCCGAACGACUACUGUCUCAUUACGCUGAAGGCGUCCUAUCAGCAUAUAAUUAGUGAUAAUUUUUUUGUUAACAAAACCUUCGAAGCCAGUGGCGGACCGUAAAGCCGGCUGUCCUACUCCUGUAUAUGC